AUGACACCAUUUGAAAUGAACAAUCAAACAGAUGUCACUGAAUUCAUCUUCUUGGGGUUUUCCAACCACCCCAAACUACAGGGCUUGUUUUUCCUGGUUUUCUUGAUCAUUUACCUGACAACACUCCUGGGAAACAUGCUCAUAAUAACAGCCACUAAAAUCAGCCUUGCUCUUCAUACUCCAAUGUAUUAUUUCCUCAGCAACCUGAGUUUCUUGGACGUCUGCUACACAUCCACCACCAUCCCAGUCAUGCUGGUGAACUUCUUCCACAGAAAGAAAACCAUCUCAUAUGAAGGCUGCCUUUCCCAGAUUUUCUUCCUCGUGACAUGCACUGGCACUGAAUGUGUCUUAUUGGCUGCUAUGGCUUAUGACCGCUAUGUAGCAAUUUGCCACCCCCUUCAAUAUCCGGUCCUCAUGAGUGUGAAGGUCUGUGUUUUUUUGGUGACUGGGUCCUGGCUAUGUGGGCUGGUGAAUUCUGUGAUACACACAGUGCUGGCAGCCACACUCACUCUCUGUGGGCCCAACCAAAUCAGCCACUUUCUCUGUGACAUCCCAUUGCUCCUGGAGCUCUCUUGCUCAGACACCUCUCUCAAUGAGUCUGUGCUCCAUGUGGCCAGUGCCACCAUUGGCCUGAGCCCCUGUCUGUUUACUGGAGUGUCCUAUAUACUCAUAAUUUCUGCCAUUCUUAGGAUUCCCUCUGCUCAGGGCAGGAACAAGGCCUUCUCUACCUGUGCAUCCCACCUUACUGUUGUUGUGAUCUUUUAUGGAAUGGCCAAUUUCAACUAUGAUAAACCCAGAGAGGGUUACUCCUUAGACAUAGAUAUUCUGGUCUCUGUGCUCUUCUGUGUUGUGACCCCCAUGUUGAACCCCAUCAUAUACAGUCUGAGAAACAAGGAGGUCAAGGGUGCCCUGAGGAAGCUGGCUGGAGGGUAUGUGAUCCCUGGCAAUAUUAGUGUCUAG